AUGCGACGCGUCCUCGGCCCCAUCGCUCACGACAAAUGGAAAAACAAGUCGACAAUGAUAGGCUGGUGUUUAUAUCGGGCUGAGGCCGGCGAAUUUACUCACUUACUAAGGCAUUGGAAUGCUACAGAGGUGGAAACGGCUGGGAGGUUAAUAGCAUGGGGAGUACCAAAUUUUGUCCUUCCAGCUCUGCUGGGUCUACCGUUGGCAGAGGCUCGAACCGGGGAUGAUGAGACGAUUUACCGAUGGGUGAAGGAUGAAGAGAGGAUACUGGAGCAUCAAUAUGAUCCGUUCCAAGAGGGGCGAUUCAACGAUGGUGGAAGCAGUGCCGACAAUGGGUAUGGGAGAAGUGAGAAUCCGUAUAGGGGACGGGAGAACAUAUCGGGGCCUUUGGGGGUGACUCACGUAUCAGCAAGACGUGGGAACUCCGGGAGUUUGCAGCAAGACAAUCGUCUUCAGGAGGAGAGACCCGGGAGGGCUGGUAACAGUACCGAGACGUCACAUGAGACGGAAGCGCAUACCUUGGGGGAGAUAGACGGGCUAGGAGGUUUCGACAACUUUGGGUAUAGGGAGCCAAGCAAUCGUACCCGAGGAGAGGGACCCAGGAGUGUUGGUAACGGUACCAAGAACCCGUACAAGUCGAACCGGGAUGGUUUAGACCGUUAA